GAUAAAUUUGAAAUCGCACGGAAUCUUUCCGAGGCUCUCGCAGAGAUAAUCAAUACACUUUAUGUGGAUAUAAGGCAAUUAAGGGUUUUCAAUUUUCAAAUAAAAGUUGAAAAUAAAAAUCAAAAAUACUUGCAUGAAUUUCAAAAUAUAAUAGAUGAAACCAUGGAAUUAUUGAGUGGUAAUGUUGCGAUACGUUUAAAAAAUAACAUUGGUAUACCAACAGAUAAUGAGAGGCAUUUUUGUAUACUAUUGGUGGAUUCAUCAGAAUCAUUGGAAUUUCUUUAUAAAGACCUUAAUAAAUAUCAUCUCUUUGUGGAGGGUUAUUAUUUUAUUGUUCUACAAACCGUUCCCCAGGUCAAUCAUUAUUACGAUGAACUUUACGAAAUUUUUGAAAUAAAUUGGCUUAAUGGUAUCACACAUGCCGACAUACUUAUACAUGCUGUGCAAAAUGUCAUUUUGUUAUUUCAUAGCUUACCCUUUACGUCCUUUCACUGCAAGGGUAUUACUCCCAUUGUCCAUAAUAAAUUUAUUGAUGGCCAUUGGUUGCAUAAGAAUUUUGUUACGCCAAAACCAAAAAUUUACACGGUUGUCCUUUGGUAUCAGGGUUUGGAGGGACAAUUAUUGGAAUAUUUGUCCAGGAAAAUGAAUUUUACCAUUACAAUACGUUGGAUGAAUGAUGAGGAAAUUAAUCAGACUGUCUAUGAUGAGCUAGGAGUGUUUAAUAAGCUCUUCACCUCCAAUACUGAUUUUGUUAUUGGAGCCUUUCACUAUAAACCCACCUCCUUAGAAGAUCCCUAUGCCCCCACAGUGGCCUACUACAUGAUAUUGGGCCGGGAAAAUGAUAAUCCCGCUUAUAAUAUGGUUGUCAUAAGUUUGGGUGGAGCCGUGGCUAAAGAUCCUAAAGUACCGUUUUCACGAUUUCUUUUAAUGUUAUGGUUAUUGGCCACCUUUAUAUUGCGCACCGUUUAUCAAGCCUUUAUGUUUUAUUUUAUUAAAUCUGAUCUGCAGAAACCUCUACCAAAAUUAAUAGCUGAAUUAUACUACAACAAAUAUCGUAUAUUUAUGAGUGAUGUGGUUUACAGCUCUAUCGCGAAUUUGCCUUUGCUUGCAUCAAAAGCGGAAAUUUUAAAUACCACCGAAUUGGAGUCAUUUGAAAUGUUAAAAAAUCCUCCGGAUUAUGCUCCUUAUAAAUUGGCUCUUUUAAUGGCUCAAGAAUAUUAUGGUUAUUAUAAACUUAUAACUCCCAUUAACAAUGAUUUUUAUGUGGUGCCUGAGAAGUUGUUCACUCAGCAGUUAACAAUUUAUAUGAAAAAGAAUUCGGCCUAUUUGAAACGUUUCAAUACUUAUAUUGACAGUUAUAUAAAUGAAGGUUUAAUGAAUCGUUGGCAACGUCAACUGGUCUAUCAUGGUGUUAAACCUAAAACCGCUGAUGACAGUCCAAAGCCGAUGAAAAAUUUUCAUUUAUUUGCAGCUUAUCGUCUGUUGAUUAUGGGUUUGACUGUAAGUUUAUUAGUGUUUCUAUUGGAAAUUUGUGUCUUUUUUGGUAAAAAGUUGCGCAGGCGCUUACGUAGAAAAUGGCGUAAAUAUGUCAAAAGAAAUAGGAACUUUUAUUAG